AACACUGACUCAUGAAUGUCCCGCGAGGAGGCGGGAACAAAAGCACCCGUUGUCCCGCCUAAUGAAUUUCCUUUCCCUCCAUCCUCAUGAAAGCGCUCGUUUUUCUCCCAAAAAUGUGAUAGAAUUUGCCGCUCGUGAAAAAUUUUCUUUUUUUCUCCUCCAAAUCCCGUAUCCCACAAAUUCCCUCUCAAAACCCUUCCUCUCUGCGCAAAAAACCCUCGUCUACUUCACUCCAGCUCUACCGGCUUCAUAGUUUCGCCCUAAACUCUCUCCUUCGGGACCGAAAGCUCACGAUACAGCUGCGAUUAGAGAUAACUGGGAAGGCAACGACGGGAUCGCGGUGUACAGAGACCUGAAAUUCCUAUCUUUCUUCUCCUCCCGCUCUGUUCCUACAGAAAAGAAUCCGCGGCUUUAUUUUGUCCAGAAUGACCGUCUGACAAGAUUUAGGUUAAAUCUUGCUCUAAAUCCGGUACCAGACAUGCCCAAAGUCAGGAUUGAAGCUCGCUGUUGAAGGCAGCGAAGAGACCAGCUGCGCGCGAAGGCUGCGAGGAAUUCAAUGCCUGGAAUUAAUAAAUCCGAGAUUCAAGUGAUGAACAGGAAGACCACUUCCAAAUGCUCAACGAAAAAGAGCAAGAGGAAGGUGGCCGUGGAAGAAGCUCAUGGUGUGAAGGAUUCAAAAGAAAAUGGCCACAUCAUAAAUUGUGCCGAAGAGCCUGUUAUCCGAAAAAGGCCCAAGCGGUCAGCUUCAUGUUUAAAUUUUAAAGAGAAGAAUGUUAGGUUAUCCGAUAGGUUUUCUGUUGUUGAAACAAAAGAGAUUAGGGUUGUGGAAGAAGAGAAAGAUGCUGUUGAGCUCACCAUACUUGGUGCAGAAGAUCUGCCACCAUGCAGAAAACUUGUUGAUUUUGUUUUUCAUGAUACUGAUGGAAAGCCCCAACCUUUCGAAGUAUGUGAAUUCGAUGAUAUUUAUAUUACUUCUGUUAUCAUGCCCAUGGAUGAUAAUUUGGAAAAAGAGAAGGAAAAGGGGGUUAAGUGUGAAGGGUUUGGCCGAAUUGAAAGUUGGUCAAUAUCUGGUUAUGAUGAGGGCUCCCCCAUUGUUUGGGUUAUGACUGAAAUUGCAGAGUAUGAAUGCGUGAAGCCUGCUAGCAGUUAUAAAAGGUUUUUUAACCAUUUCAAUGAAAAGGCUCGCAUUUGUAUUGAAGUUUACAAAAUUUUAAAUAAAUCUACUGGUAGGAAUCCAGAUUUGAGCCUCGAGGAAUUGCUCGCGGGAGUAAUUCGUUCGAUCAGUGGAACCACUGGCCCCAGUGGUGUUGUUAAUAGAGAUUUAAUUAUAUCUCUUGGUGAAUUCAUAUACAAUCAGCUGAUUGGAUUGGAUGAAACACCAGAAGGAAGUAAUGCUAGUUUAGCCAAAAGAUCAGCACUUUGUGCUCUUAGAGAUGAAUGUAGAAGUAGAGGAGGAUUAAGAGAAAAGAUUGAUGGAACCUUGAAGAUUGACGGCAGAAAAAGUCUGUUAAUUGAUGAGGAUGAAGAUGAGAAAUUGGCACGGCUACUCCAAGAGGAGGAAAAUUGGAAUCUGAUGAAGCAGCAGAGGGGUUCACAGUCAAGAAAUUCUAACAUUUAUAUCAAGAUCAGUGAGGCAGAGAUUGCAAAUGAUUAUCCUUUGCCUGCAUAUUACAAACCCGCCGUUGAUGAAAUGGAUGAGUACAUAUUCUUUGAUACUGAAUCUAGCAUCCACUAUGUUGAUCUUCCGAGGAGGAUUCUUACUAACUGGUCACUGUACAAUUCGGACUCGAGGCUUAUUUCCUUGGAACUUCUGCCAAUGAAACCCUGUGCAGAAACUGAUGUAUUGGUUUUUGGAUCUGGAAAUAUGCGGGAAGAUGACGGUAGUGGGUUCUGUAUGGAGCUUGAUGUAGGUGGGUCUUCUUCUAGCAUUACUGAUUGUGCAAACUCUGAAGGUGUUCCUGUUUAUCUUAGCUCAAUCAAGGAAUGGAUGAUAGAAUUUGGCUCUUCCAUGAUUUUCAUUUCCGUUCGAACAGAUGUUGCAUGGUACAGACUUGGGAAGCCAGCUAAACAAUAUGCUCCAUGGUAUGAGCCAGUUCUGAAAACUGCGAGCCUGGCAAUUAGUAUAAUUACUUUGCUGAAAGAACAGACUAGAGCUUCAAAACUAUCUUUUGCAGAUGUGAUUAAAAAGAUCACAGAGUUUGAAAGGGAAGAUCCUGCUUACAUUUCUUCAAAUAUUGCUGCCGUGGAAAGAUAUGUGGUGGUUCACGGACAGAUUAUUCUUCAACAGUUUGCAGAGUAUCCUGAUAAAACAAUUAAAAAAUGCUCUUUUGUAACCAGUCUAUCAGCUAAAAUGGAGGAGAGGCUCCAUACAAAACUGGCGAUGAAGAAAAAGUUGGUUGUGCAAAAAGAAGAUAAUUUGAAUCCAAGUGCUGCAAUGAGGCCGCUCAUCUCCAAAAGAAAGGUGAUGCGUGCUACAACAACAAGGCUUAUCAAUAGGAUUUGGGGAGAUUAUUACUCCAGUCAUUUUCCUGAUGAAUUCAAGGAGGAGGUUGAAAAUGUGUUGAAGGAUGAAGAAGUUGAGGAUGAGCAGGAGGAGAAUGAAGAGGAGGAAAUUGAAGAACAGCGCUGUGUGGUCCAAGAGAUAGAUUCAAAAAGUUUUCUUUCUAAAAGUUUUCAUGAUUCUAAGUCUAACGGGGAGGAAAUUAGAUGGGAGGGGGAUCCAAUUGGUAAAAAAGAUUCUGGUGAAGUUUUGUAUAAACGUGCCAUUGUUCAUGGAGAGAAAAUUUCUGUUGGUGGAGUUGUGGUUAUUGAUGGUCUUCAGCCAAGCAAAGUUCCAACUUUGUUUUUCGUGGAAUUCUUAUACAUGCGGAGUGAUGGAGUGAAGAUGGCCCAUGGGAGGAUAAUGUUAAGAGGGGUUCAAACUAUUUUGGGGAAUGCAGCAAAUGAGAGGGAAGUCUUUUUGACGAAUAACUGUAAUGAUUUUGCUCUAGAAGACAUGAAAGAGGCAGUACAUGUGGAUAUCCGUUUAAUAUCAUGGGGAUACCAAUAUAGAAAGGAGUUUGCUGAGGCUGCUAAGAUUGACAGAAUGAAGGCUGAGGAGAAGAAGAAAAAAGGACUUCCAAUGGAUUUUUUCUGCAAAAGCUUAUAUUGUCCAGAGAGAGGAGCUUUUUUCGCUCUUCCUUAUGAUAGUUUAGGAUUGGGAUCUGGCUUCUGCAGCUCUUGUAGAGGAAGAGAGAACAAGGAGUGUCAGGUCAAAGCUAGCUCGAAGGAAACCUUUAUCUUUAAGAAAACUGAAUACUAUAUUCAUGAAUUCAUAUAUGUGAAUCCUUAUUGUUUUGUUGAAGAGGAUAAGGAGCAUGAGACAUUUAAGGCUAGCAGGAAUAUUGGACUUAUGGCAUAUGUUGUCUGCCAAAUAUUGGAAAUUUCUUUUCAUGAAGGUGCUAAAAAUUCAACUCAACAUGUUAAAGUCAGAAGAUUCUAUAGACCGGAAGAUAUUUCAGCAGCCAAAGCAUAUACUGCAGAUAUUAGAGAAGUUUACUACAGCGAAGAUUUGCAUGAGGUACCCAUAGAUAUGAUACAAGGGAAAUGCAGUGUCAUAAAGAAAAAUAACUUGCCUAGUUUGGAUCUCCCUGUAAUUAUGGAUCAUAUUUUCUUUUGUGAAUGCUUUUAUGACCCUACCCAAGGUUCUCUAAAGCAGUUGCCUUCUAAUAGCAAGCUUUGGGCCACAAUUAGAAGCACGCUUAAUCCCUGCAAAAUGAAGAAGGGUAAAGAAAAAUGUGAAGAAGGGCAACAAACGGAAAGAAAUAUGUGGAAGGAGUUGCCUCAGGAAAAUCGUUUGGCCACUCUAGAUAUUUUUGCUGGCUGUGGUGGUUUAUCUGAAGGACUUCAGCAGUCUGGCGCUACAUUCACAAAAUGGGCAAUUGAAUAUGAAGAGGCUGCUGGUGAGGCAUUCAACAAAAACCACCCUGAUGCACAUAUGUUCAUUGAUAACUGCAACGUGAUCUUAAGGGCCAUUAUGGAGAAAUGUGGUGAGGCAGAUGAUUGCAUCUCGACUUCUGAGGCUGCAGAAUUGGCAGCAAAGCUUGGUGAGGAAAAGCUUAAAAAUCUUCCAAUGCCCGGUCAAGUAGAUUUCAUCAACGGAGGACCUCCUUGUCAGGGCUUUUCUGGGAUGAAUAGAUUCAGCCAUAGCACUUGGAGUAAGGUUCAGUGCGAGAUGAUUUUGGCGUUUUUAUCUUUUGCGGAAUAUUUCAGGCCGCGAUUCUUUCUUCUGGAGAAUGUCAGAAACUUCGUGUCCUUUAACAAAGGACAAACGUUCAGAUUAACCCUUGCUUCCCUUCUUGAGAUGGGCUACCAGGUAAGAUUUGGCAUUUUGGAAGCUGGAGCUUAUGGUGUUUCUCAGUCAAGGAAAAGGGCAUUCAUUUGGGCAGCUUCUCCAGAGGAAACACUCCCUGAGUGGCCGGAGCCAAUGCAUGUUUUUGCCAGUCCUGAACUAAAAAUAAGUUUGAAUGGAAAUAUGCAAUAUUCUGCCGUUCGCAGCACUGCAGAUGGUGCUCCUUUCCGUUCAAUAACGGUGAGGGACACAAUUGGAGAUCUUCCAUUUGCUGAAAAUGGCGCUUCAAAACUCAUAGUUGAUUAUGGUGGUGAGCCCGUUUCCUGGUUCCAAAAGAACAUUAGAGGAGUCUCGGCUGUCUUAAGCGAUCACAUAUCAAAGGAAAUGAACGAGUUAAAUCUUAUUAGAUGCAAACGCAUUCCAAAGCACCCUGGUGCUGAUUGGCGUGAUCUUCCAGAUGAAAAGGUUAAGCUGUCAAAUGGGCAAAUGGUGGACCUGGUGCCAUGGUGCCUGCCCAAUACAGCAAUGAGGCACAACCAAUGGAAGGGCCUUUUUGGUAGAUUGGAUUGGGAAGGAAAUUUUCCGACUUCCAUUACUGAUCCUCAGCCAAUGGGUAAGGUGGGCAUGUGCUUUCACCCUGACCAGGACAGGAUUCUCACUGUGCGCGAGUGUGCAAGGUCUCAGGGUUUCCGUGACAGCUACAUCUUUGCUGGUAACAUACAGAACAAACACAGGCAAAUUGGGAAUGCCGUGCCACCUCCUCUAGCAUAUGCUCUUGGUAGAAAACUGAAGGAAGUUGUUGAUGCGAAUCAUUCUUCUACUUGAGUCCUGAAUAUAUCAAUAAUUGGAAUUAACAAAAUCUCUACCUUUCUACUUUUUGUUUCCAAUGGUGUAAAGUAUUCUUCUUCUGGUAUUCUUCUUCUGCUAUUUAGAGCCUUCUCCUUUGAAGGCUUUUGUUUAUCCACAACAAGCAAUCAAUUUCUCUUCGGAGUGCUUCGAGGAUCCUGUAAAUGAAGUUGUUAGAGCUGCCAUUAUAUAGAUCACGGUUGGCACAUAAGUUUUUCCUUUUCUUUUAAAAUGGCAUUAAUGCCUUGAUUGAGGCAGCAGAUUUGAGGAUUUGAGAUUGUCAUUUUUGUUGUAUUGGUCUUGAGUAGAAUCACCAAGUCCUGAAGUAGCUAGAUAUGCUUUCUUAAUGAUUGUUUCUACAUUAUCUGGUGUUUAAGGUUGUACUUCGGUUUGUAAACUUUAUGUUGUUAUUGAUGUUGAUAUGGGC